UCCAAGGAUCACAUCCAGCAGCACCAGGAGAUCCACGUGGUGAUGGGCAACGAGGCCUGUGACCUGGACUCCACCGUCUCUGCACUGGCCCUGGCCUAUUUCCUAGCCCAGACCAGCCCAGCUCCCAAAGCCGCCUUCGUGCCCGUGCUGAACAUCCCCCGCGCCGACUUCGCGCUGCGGACGGAGACGACGUUUCUGCUGCGGGACCGGGGCAUCCCGGACACCUGGCUGGUCUUUCGGGAUGAGAUCGACCUGGGAGGGCUGCACCACGCUGGGCUGCUCUCCUUUACACUGGUUGAUCACCACGUCCUGCCUGGUGCUGACGCUGCCCUGGAGGAGGCCGUGGUGGAGGUCCUGGACCACCGGCCACUGGAGCGGGACCGUGGUCCCCCUUGCCAGGUGACAGUGGAGCCCGUGGGCUCCUGUGCCACCCUGGUGACCGAGAGGAUCCUGCAGGGCCCCCCGGGCGUGCUGGACAGAACCACGGCCGCACUGCUGCACGGCACCAUCCUGCUGGACUGCAUCAACCUGAGCCCAGCUGCGGGCAAGGUGACACCCAGGGACGUGGCCUGCGUGUCCCUGCUUGAGGAGAGGUUCCCGGAGUUGCCGGCCCGUGACGCCGUGUUCGGAGCCCUGCAGGCGGCCAAGUUUGAUGUCACAGGGCUGACAACAGAGCAGAUGCUGCGGAAGGACCUCAAAGUCCUCUCCAACGACGAGGCUGUCGUUGCCAUCAGCGGCGUCUUCGAGGACUUGGAAACCUUCCUGCUCCGGCCUGGCUUGCUGCAGGACCUGGAGGCUUUCUGCCAGGCCCGUGGCUACGCGGGGCUGGUGGCCAUGACCGUGUCCUUUAACGAACGCCACGAACCCACCCGAAAACUCGCCGUGUACAGCCCGCAGGAGCCCCUCCGCAGCACACUGUGCCGGGCGCUGGAGGAGGCGACAACGCCGUCGCUGCUGCUGCGGCCGCUGCCCAGCCCCUGGCCCUGUGUGGCCGCCUACGCCCAGGGCAACGCCGUGGCCGCUCGUAAGAAGGUUCUGCCCAUCCUGCGGGCAGCACUGGGGGGGCUGGGGGGAGCUGUGGGGGGCCCCGAGGAGGAGGUGGUGCCCCCACCUACCCCCAUGAACAGCCUGGUGGAGGAGUGUCCCCUGGCACAGGCCGUGCCCCCGCUGUGUCCCCAGGAUGUCCUGGAGCGGGUCAGCCGCAUCGCUGUGGGGCAGCCCCCGGGCUCCCCGAAAUAGCAGAGGCACCCCCGUGGAUUUUUGAGGUCUGGAUGAGAAGUUGGGGUCCCUGAGCAGGCCCCCUGUGAGGUGCCUGGGUGUGGAGGGGGUGCAGCUGCCUCUGUUAGAGCUCAGCUCGUGGUUUGUCCCCCCACCAAUGGCUCCCUCUGCCCCAGUGGUCCCCAGGGUGGAUUUUUGGGGUUGCCAUGGGCAGGAGUUGCACCCCCUUGAUGAAGGCGUUGGGGUGGGGGAGUUAACGAGUUCUUGAUGAUCUUCCUUCCUUGGGGGGCAGAGGGGCACCCCAGAGGGGGGGUCCGGACACGCAGCCGUCCAGAACUGUCACUGCUUUACAAGGAUUAAAUUCCCCUUUUCUUCCA